ACAGACAGACAGAGAGACAAACAGACAGACAGACAGUUUUCAGUCUUCAACGUUAAUAUUCAUGUUGCUCUGAGUAUUAAUAGCUGCAGGUGUAGGUCAUACUUCUGAAACUAUUGGACUGAGUGGGUUGAAUAAAGGCAUGAGAGACAUGGUGAACCAGGGGAAGGUCCAGAUCAGCACUGAACAGAUCCUAGAAGAUAAGAGCUCUGGCUCUCUGGGAUGUUGCGGCUGGCUUCUGUUCGGAAUCUCUCUAAUCUUCACGGUGUUCCUCUUCCCCAUCACCAUCUUCAUGUGCGUCAAGAUUGUAAAGGAGUAUGAGCGAGCGGUCAUUUUCAGACUUGGCCGCAUCGAGGACAAGAAGCCGAAAGGACCAGGGAUCUUCUUUGUACUACCCUGUACUGACACCUUUGUGAAGGUGGACUUGAGGACUGUGUCUUUUGACAUUCCACCCCAAGAGAUCCUGACCAAAGACUCAGUGACGGUGUCUGUAGACGGGGUGGUGUAUUUCCGUGUGUACUGCCCCAUCUCUGCUGUAGCUAACGUGUCCAACGCCCACUCAUCCACCCGUCUCCUCGCCCAGACCACCCUGAGGAACGUCCUGGGAACCAAGAACCUGGCUGAGCUGCUGUCUGACCGCGAGGGAAUCUCACACAACAUGCAGGAGUCUCUGGAUGAGGCCACUGACCCGUGGGGUAUCAAGGUGGAGCGUGUGGAGAUUAAAGACGUGAAGCUGCCCCACCAGCUGCAGAGGGCCAUGGCUGCAGAGGCAGAAGCUAGCCGUGAGGCCAGGGCGAAGGUGAUAGCGGCAGAGGGGGAGAUGAACGCCUCCCGGGCCCUGAAGGAGGCGUCUCUAGUGAUCGCUGAGUCUCCAUCAGGCCUCCAGCUGAGAUACCUCCAGACCCUCACCACCAUCGCUGCAGAGAAGAACUCCACCAUCAUCUUCCCUCUGCCCAUAGACAUGGUCAGCCACUUCAUGCAGAGGAAAUGAGGGGUCACAGAGAGGCAGUGUUGCAUCUUCCCUCCCCUUUUGCCCUCCUUCACAGAUCUGAUAGGACUGGAUAGGUGAAAGUAACAUGUCAGAAAUGGCUGUUAUUCACACCUAUCCAGGAAGUGCAAUGGCUGUUAUUUACACCUAUCCAGGAAGUGCAAUGGCUGUUAUUUACACCUAUCCAGGAAGUGAAAUGGCUGUUAUUUACACCUAUCCAGGAAGUGCAAUGGCUGUUAUUUACACCUAUCCAGGAAGUGAAAUGGCUGUUAUUUACACCUAUCCAGGAAGUGCAAUGGCUGUUAUUUACACCUAUCCAGGAAGUGCAAUGGCUGUUAUUUACACCUAUCCAGGAAGUGCAAUGGCUGUUAUUUACACCUAUCCAGGAAGUGAAAUGGCUGUUAUUUACACCUAUCCAGGAAGUGCAAUGGCUGUUAUUUACACCUAUCCAGGAAGUGAAAUGGCUGUUAUUUACACCUAUCCAGGAAGUGCAAUGGCUGUUAUUUACACCUAUCCAGGAAGUGAAAUGGCUGUUAUUUUUUACCCCUAUCCAGUAAGUGAAAUGGCUGUUAUUUACACCUAUCCAGGAAGUGCAAUGGCUGUUAUUCACACCUAUUCAGGAAGUGAAAUGGCUGUUAUUCACACCUAUUCAGGAAGUGAAAUGGCUGUUAUUCACACCUAUUCAGGAAGUGAAAUGGCUGUUAUUCACACCUAUUCAGGAAGUGAAAUGGCUGUUAUUCACACCUAUUCAGGAAGUGAAAUGGCUGUUAUUCACACCUAUUCAGGAAGUGAAAUGGCUGUUAUUCACACCUAUUCAGGAAGUGAAAUGGCUGUUAUUCACACCUAUUCAGGAAGUGAAAUGGCUGUUAUUCACACCUAUUCAGGAAGUGAAAUGGCUGUUAUUUCCACUGGGAUUCUCUGCCUCUAACCCUGUUACGGGGGCUGAGUCACUGGCUUGCUGGGGCUCUCUCGUGCCGUCCCUGGGGGGGUG